CGUAAUAGCGAAAGCGAAAGUAGCGAAACAGCCUGUUGCAUGUCAAUUUUGCAAUCUUUAUCAGAUCUUUCGACACCUUCUAAACGUCAACAGCCUGUAGGGGUUUGCGAGGAAUCCAAAGAUGACUUCAGCUACCAGCUUCCUGUUUGUUGCGAUCCAUUUAGCCUGUAUCAGAGCUGGAAAUUCCUCUGAGUCAUUUGUCAAACUGGAGUGUAAAGAAGAAUACCAUGGGGUUUAUGGCCAGCAGUCAUUGCUAGAGUGUAUUGUCAAAGCUGUUCAGAGCGUGACCAUCUUGACGGUGACCUGGAAGAGGGUGGGAGGUGAUGCAAUUUUGUUGGAAUACCAUAAACAUGAAAAUGCCUCAGCCCUUGGAUAUAAAUUUGCCAUGCCAUCCUGGAACAACAAGAAUAUGAAUGUGUCCUUGCUGUUGACUAAUACCAAGAUGGCCGACAAGGGGGUGUAUGAAUGCAUGGUGAACACAGACCGUGGUGAUACUACAGCUACAAUCAGCCUCAGUGUCACAGCUAAGUACAAGACUCCAACCAUGAGCUCCAUCCCUGAGACCAACAUCAAAGAGAACACAGAUGUGACCAUUUUCUGCAACUCUACAGGCGGGUACCAGACAGGGUUGAUCUGGUGGUUUGACCAGUUUGGCAGCAAUUGGACGCGCAGUGCUGAACUGGUGGCCAAAGAGACUGAAGAUGGACUGUUCAGCCUCUCCAGUAAAUUCACAGUGCUGAAGGCUACAUCCAGUUACACAAACUACACGUGCAAAGUGCUCAAUGUCAAUGGUGCCGAGGAGGGGAUGGCAUCAUUUGUGAUCCAGUUUGCGCCGCGAGACUUAGGUAGUAAAGCUGACCACUUAGAUAUUGUGUCCACCACCAAAUGGCUUGCCCCGGUUGUAGUCAUAGGAUCUCUGAUCAUUGGACUCCUUGCUGCACUGCUGUUAUUUAAGAGGCGCUCUGCCCAACGAGCUCGAAGACAGUCCACCUUCCCAUUAAUGAGUGGCCACCAAACAGAUACCAGGCAUGAUCAAGAUGUUGAGGCAGAAGGUCUAAACAGCGACAGGAACUGAUUUGUUAACUGGCAGUCUGGAAGGGACUGUUUCCUUGACGAUCAAUAAGGGUCUUGUUACCAUCACUGUCCUUUGAUGGACUGUUUCUUGUUAAGUGUUCGGUGACAGUCACUUUGGCACUCAGGUCAUUCUGAUUCGAGGCAUUUGUUUCUUCAUAAUCUACUGAGGAUACCAGCCUUUAAGCACUGUGGUUGAUUACAAAUGAUAUAACUCUUUAACAGCCUAUGUUUAAAAGCCUAACAUGAAUGGUUAUAUAUAGAGUUGCCAUGGUGUAGGUAUACUGUAGAUUCUACCAGCAUGAUUGUUGAAGCUCAGGUCUGCUGAGCGCAAAUUUGAAUAUUGUGAAAAUCUGUGCAACUUCCGGUGCGGGUUUACUGUGAACACCGAGGCUGUACCUGCUUUAAGUUAGUUUUAACAGUAGUCAAGUAGGCUACUGUGGCUAUUUGAUCAUAAUUUAGGCAUACCAGAGUGGCCUACCAUAAUAAACAAUGGAGAAAAUGCAUCCCAUAACAUUAUAACAUGGAAAUAGCUGUUCUAUCAUUCAGCCUACAGUAGCAACCAAUGUGAGGUGUUCAAUGUUGGCCGACAUUCAAUGAGACUUUUGAAAAAAAACAUGCAGGGCUUCACAUUAACCUGUUUAUCCACUUGUCCUUCAGACAAGGAGGUGACUGAAAAUGUUGUUGUGUUGUGUGAUGCAAGAAACCACUUGCAUCAUUAUUCCCAUACCAUUAUUACAGAGAAUGAGACAAAUUAUGCUACCCUCUGCCUAUUGGCUACUUAGCUUAUUCAAGACUGAAAGGCACACGUUUUGUGUUCUUGUAGGAAGCAAUCACCCCCCCCAAUAUCUGACUACAAAUUAUCAAUAACUGGGCUAAUAACUCGUAGUGAACAAAUGUACAAAUGUGCACACGUCGCUACAUAUAGCUCUCGCUUUGAUCUACUCACAACCGCUCACGCUGUAAAAACAGUCCAGUUCAAAGUGAAUGGCACAGAUCUAUAUAUGGCAAUAGUCUAUUUGCAUAUAGGCCUACUGCAGCUCUGAUAGGUUAUGGUGCACUGGUCUGUGUAGAGUACAAGCCUGAGUCUGCCUGUCAAUGCAAUAGAAUCCUACUCCGAUGAGUUCUGCCUACAACAAAAUCGCUUAUAUAUUUAGUUGUGCAUAGUAAGUCUUGCAUAGUUUGUUUUGUUUCGGUAUGUUGUAUUGAAAGUGGCUGAUAUUGCGUUGAUUCGAUCACAAUUCCCACAGUAAAGGGAAACGCUGAUAGUGUUAACUAACGGGGAAAACUCUAGAAAGUUGAGUAAAGUUCAGUCUCGCACAGGGCUGAUAUUUCUUCUGCAUAUCAGUCCCGGGGAGCUGCACAUGCGCAGCUUAGAGGGAACAUUCUUCAUGAGUGUACACAGCACUUUUAAAAAAAAAAAGAUGAAGUUAAACUAGUUUUGCCUCUGAGGUUUCGCAAGACUGUAUAGUGCAAUACGACAUGUUUCAUUUGACCAAAGAUUUGUUGAUCAUCAGGUUUCUAUAGAUACUGCUGUGCCUGCCACUUUUCUCCCUGGGCUUUGAUUCUGCUACAAUGUGUAUGAGAAGAAAUGUUAUGCUAAAUAGUACAUUACUUUUGACGAGAAGGAAUAGGGUGCCAUUUUGAAGUCAACCUUUGACUUGACUUUGUGUAAUCUCUGGAGCUUAUUGUAACAUUAACCAACCUUGUUACCAACAGCCAGCCUGUUGCUUCAAUAGUUCUACCGCAACAGUUUCUUUUGUUUUGUCCUUCCUUUUUCUGCUGGUGGAAAAUUCUGAUCUAUGUAUAUGUCUUGCCCAGGCUCGCCUCCAUGAAGUCAGUUUAAUGGAACGCAACAGUAAACACGAAAAACAAUGGACUAGAGUCAAUUAUUAAUCAGAGAGAAUUGGUAUUAGUUUCAAGGUAACGUAAACAUCUUCACCUGGUGGUUGAUUAUGAUCACGUUGGAAAAACAUUUCAAAACAUUUUGUGUCGUGGAAGGGGCAGCAAUUGUCUGAUAUUUACAUAAUGAUCGUUUCAGUUCACAUGAUGUUUUACUGCGAUCAUGUUGCUGGUGAUGGCGUUACAUAUUGACUGAGCCAUCUGUUGUUGUAUUGUGGCAACUUGAGGUGAAUGCCGCUCACAACAAGACUACACCUCCCACAAUUCCUUCCAACUCUUCUACAGUAUCUGUUCCUUCUUGCUUAAGUGCAUACGUGUCAGUUGGCACUGUAGAUACAGAUAUGAUUAACCUAUCUCUGUGCCAGCCUGCAUGGAACUAGUCAGGGCUUUUUGAUAUUUUUUGUUGUUGAUGAUUUUUGCUCACAUCUACUAUGGUGGCUUGAGAUGUUUGUGUGUAAAGUUAUGACUAUUUGCCAAUUCUAACAAAAAUAAGACAUGUUAUUUCGUAGUGUAAGAGGCCAAGAUGAGAGAGGACUCCUGUCUGUAUGAAGUGAUAUGUCAAGUGUUUUGAUAAUAGGAACAAAAAACAGACAACUUCCUGUUUUUGCCUGCUUGAGGCCUACUCUGCACCUUACCUCAUAUGUACCUUACUCCAUUUUGUAUGUUUUUACAUGUGACUUUGUUAUUAAGGAUGUCAUUGAGAUUAAAGCAUUUUUGCUUUGUCCAGAUAAAACAUGUAAAAUGCAGAAUAUCAUUUUGUAUGAUAUUUCUGGGUAUAUUUUGCACGGUGAAAUUCCUGUUCAAAUCGUGCACCUUGAUACUGUUCAUUAAAUAUAGGACAGUGAGAAAGCUGUUACACUGAAUGUUUUGUAAAUAUUUUCAAUUGUUGAUUUUAAAUACUACAAUCUUUAAACAAAUGAAAAUCAUAAUUGAUGGGGAGACUAAUCUGCGUUCUUUCAUGAUCUACGAUGUAAACUGUUUUCAUAAGUUUUAAGAUACCAAAAGCAGUAAACCCAUUGUGAGGAAAAUGUAUGUAAUUACUGCACAAAGAGAAAAAAAAAUGAUGUAUUAUAUAAGUAGUUACCUGAAGACUCUAUUUUUUUUGCCCAGCGACAGUACAUUAGUACACAGUAGCAAAACAAUUCACAACGGAAAACUUAUCUUAUGUUCAGGGAGUCCAUCUACAUCGGCUUUCAUUUCGUCCCUUGUGAAUAAAACCCUGGAUUGAUUGAACUGAAGUUAGACAUGUGACACUGAACAGAAGCAACAUGUCCACUAGAGGGAAUUCUCUCCUCACAUUCAAAUUCUGAUGCAAAGCGUGACAAGAGAAGAUAUGAUAUGAGUUUGAUUAACAUUGAGAAAAAUCGAUAUCUGAAAGAUGAAUAACAUGAACACAACAUGAUGUAACUUUGAUAUGCUUUUUUAACAUGCCUGUAGUUCUGUGAAUGCAAUAAAGUUCAUUUACCGUUGGA